AUGCGAGUCACCUCGCAGUCCGUCGUCCCACGCGACAUCACCGAAGAGCUCACUGCUGCUGCGUCAACUCUGCAAACCGGCCAACUCGUCAAAGAUGAAUACUUUACGCUGUUCGAGGCAGUGGGUGCGCUGGAGAUCAUGGACUCCAGAAUGGACAGCGGAUACCUUGGACCCGGAGAGAACAACGCACAGGCCCUAGAGGACGACUACGAUAUCAUGCGGGAGCUGGCUCCGGAGGAGGUCAUUGGGAUCAUGGACGAGCUGCUUUUCCACGAGAUGACAUGGCACAAGGGCCACCCGCUCUCGCUGACCCUCUUUACCUCCCUCUACCUCGAUAACCUAUUAUGGCCCGUCCCCAAAUCUCUCGAAGAAGCCCAUUUUAGUCGUCACCAGCCCGGCGGGAACAAGGCGGAAACAGGACUGGUGCAUGGAGUGCUGCGCGCAUACUGUCUUGCGCUGGUGAAAUGUUGCGAUUUUGUGCAUUCGCGAGUGGCGGCUGAGUACUACUACGAGGAGGAGGACUUCGUCGCGCAACUCUACAAUCGCAACCUGCUCUCGCAAUUCGACGUACAUUACUUUCUCAAUCUGUUGGACCGUGCGAUCUCGUGGAUCGACGAGCAAGAGGCAAGGGUGGACGAGACUAUCAAAGAGGCGAUUAAAUGCCGUCUUACAUUCCGGCGCCACUUUCUUCUGGGCCUGAAUCAGGAUAUCAAUGUUAUAGAAACUCGGUCCGCCGAACACUUCAUGUCCUGUUUAUCCAAAUUGGACACGCUCACCAAAACCGUGUCCCUGGGAAAAUCGGUCCCUGAGGCAUUCAGUUGGAAAAUUCAACGGAAACUGGCCAGCACCGUGCCUCCUCGUCCGAUGGUGAAGAUUAGCUCUGACGAUGCGCUGGCGCAUCUGAAACGGUUGUGCCAGGAUGCCAUUGACCUACUAGGACUUCUUGAUUACCGAGGACCGUACAACGUCAAGGUGACUAUUUGGACGCUGUUGGCCCGAAAACCCCAGCCAUCUGUAUAUAUCCGAUCUCUUCUGCAAACAAUCAUCGUGAACAAAACAACCGUGCUUGGAGCGAUUCCGGUGAAGCAGUUCCUCUACGACGAGCUAGGGGAACUGGUUCUUCCUACCAGCACGCUGCUACAAGCCAGCACGGACGAGACCGAGAUGCCGACCGACCCCCGCUUCCAGAUUGCCCAGCAUAUGGACGCUUUUGUCAAACGCUUCGCUCAGCCCUUCGUGGAUACUUUCCGAAGCGCCUGUCUGAAUCGCUGCCGUAUCCGCCGAACGGUCUGCCAUACCAUCCUUGACUGGGACAACCUGCAAAUGGAGGCCGAAGACCUUGACGAACAGCUUCGCACUCUAAGCAACGAGCCCCCUCUGGUCCUCUCCAACGGGGACACCACAUACUCCUAUCCUCUCAGCAGCUGGGCCUACCACCAGAAACUGAACCAAUUCCGCCUGAUCCUGCAACUGGGCUUCGAGCUCUCGAUCUACUCGCCCGAAGAACUACCGGGAAUGUACUGGUACCUCUCGCACAUCUGCUCCACGCACCUGGGCCACAUCGACCGCAUCCGCACCUUCACCGUCGGCACAGCGAAACGCAACCUAACCGGACUCGCGGGCAAGAAGCGCCAAGCGGCCGAGCGACACGCCGUACUCCAGAGAUCGCUACGCCUGCUCGAGCGCCUAACGACGCAGAUCGUCGCCGUCGACGCAUUCGCCAUCGCCCUGCACGCACUGUAUGUGCUCCUCGCGCGCCACAAGGUUCUCCCAAACGCCGCCUCCCCGACACAGUCGUACGCCCGCGAUCGGCUGCGCUAUGAACUGCGCAUGAAACCCUUCAUCCCCAUCACGUUACCAGAGCUGGUCCCGUUCGAGGAAUACCACCGCGAAGCCACGCUGGACGGCGACUCGGAUGCCACGGUACUGGAGCGCGCCACCAAGGCCAUUUCCGAGGCGCGCAAGGCCUGGGAAGCCACCCUGGCUAACGGGGCCUUCGUCAAGGACGAUGACAACGCCAACGCCACCACUCCGACCGACGCUCAACCCGCAGGAGCGCGAGCCAUCGAAGAGAACUGGAAACAGGACGUCAAGGACACGAUGCGUGCCUGCAUCGGGGCCAGCAUCGCCAUCGAGACGGUGAAAAAGGCCCUCGCAGCUCGGUCCGCCCAACCAGGCGGUCCCGCUCCCACCGGUGCAGGUGCAGCUGGCGAUCUUGAAACCGCGAACCCCUCCAACCCGCUGCGUCUCCACGUGAACAUCCCCGAGACAGGAUCCAAGACGCGUUGGCAUGAUUGGUGGGUGGUUCCCCAGGUGUCGCAGAUCGCGAGCCCACCGUGA